GCGGUGACGUCACGGCGAACGGCGGUCGUGGUGACGGCACGCUGAGUGUGUGUUGAUGGUGGCGGAGGUCGGUAGGAAUCUGCUGAGCCGACAUUUCGCAGGGACUUUGAUUCCCAGCUGCCCAGGAUCAUGGUGUUAGGGGAGAGUAUUUUUGAGAAAUCCCUAUAAAUGGACAGCACCACCAUGACAUUUAUCGAAGGAGUUGGUGAUGAAGUUACAGUUCUGGGUGGAAUAGUUCUCCUGGUACUGGCACUUGUUCUUGCCUGGCUCUCCACUCAUGUUGCUGAUCACAGUGAUCAAAUAUUUGGGACCAUUGUUACAACUGCAAACUCAUCGUUUGUGGGUCUAAACAGUGUAGAGAGGUAUGUGGCAAAUACGGCAACCCCCGAAGCAGAUGAAGCCCAGUCAGCUGCUGCACCUGUUGAACAGAAACCAGAGGAAGAAGGCGAUUCUGGGAUGGGAGCAUCACAUGGAAAUAAUGGACCCACAAGUGAGCAGGUGCCAGUUGAAGGGGCUUCCAAUUUAACCGAUUCGAGUCUCGAUCCUCUCUUGAACAUACAGGGUUUACGCAAGAGAGCAUCAACCAGUGCAAUUAGCACUGGAGAAGGACUGGACCGGGCAGUGCUGGAGAACUGUAAUGUUCACCCUCGUACAGUGGAUAGUGGUGAGACGGGCGAAGGGCAAAUUAAGGUGCGGCUGAAGUUUUUAAAUGAUACUGAAGAGGUUGCACGAGUGAAACCAGAUGAUACCAUUGGGUUUCUGAAGAGCAAGUACUUCCCAGGGCAAGAGCAACAAAUGAAGUUAAUUUACCAGGGCCAGCUUCUGCAAGACCAUUCCCGCACUCUUGGCUCCCUGAACAUCACUGAUAAUUGUGUGAUCCACUGUCACAUUUCGCAGACUUCUUCAUCCCCCAGCCCUGCUGUGUCCUCUGUGGUGGAACAGAACCAAACUGCCCUUAACGUUGGCAAUCUAAUGAUCCCAGUUUUUGUCAUCAUGCUUGCUGUAGUCUGGUACUACCGCAUCAACUAUCGCCAGUUCUUCACUGCACCAGCCACAGUUUCGCUGGUUGGUGUUACAGUUUUCUUCAGUUUUCUCGUGUUCGGCAUUUAUGGUCGGUAAAGGCACAGUGAUGUAUUCUCAUUCAUCUUGAUCAUUGCUUAUCCAGCCCAACUGAAUGUGGUGUCAAUGUUGAAAUAAGAUGUGAUGUGGAACCGGUGAUUUUUUUUUUAAAAAAAAAAGGGGAUCCAGCUUGGCACUGACUUUUGAGUACCAUGCUGUUGGCAGUUAGUAGCAUUUAACGUUAUAAAUUUAAACAAAACCUAGCUAGAACAAUGAUCACUUAUAAUUUUAAGCAGAGUUUGAAAUUGAGACUUUUACUGUUGAUUUAUAAAAGGGUAAGAUUACAUUGAACCAAAUUGUUCAUAUGAUCAAAUCCUGAUAAAUGCAAAGCAAAUUUGCCUCCCAAAAAAAUCUAAGGAUCCCUAAGUAUAGAAGAUUGGAUCUUGCAUUCAAUGAAGAUUAAACUGCCAAUAUGAAGAUGCAAGUUUUAUGCUCUGAUUUAUUAUCCUUGACUAUCAGAAAUAUCCAAGCCCCCGUGGUAUUGAGGAUUUCCCAUAGUGCCAGUGAAUGGAAAUUUGACGUGCGUUAAACAUGCAUUUAUCCAAGCACCACUAUAUUUACAAUAUCACUAGUCAACUUGUAAACUUUUUCUAAGGAGAUCAGUGUCUCCAUGUUAAAGUUAACAUUAAAAAAAGUCAAUAAUUGCACCAAGAAAUAAAACUUUGUUACGUGGACAAAGAAACUGUAUGUUGUUACAGUGGUCUUCAAAAAUUAGGGAGAUGGAGACAUAUUUAAAAGGUGUCUUCUUUCUUGUCCACAACCACUCAAUGCCAUUAUUUGUGGCAGUCGGCAAAGGAGCUCAGCGGAUGAUCAAUUCUACAAGUUUUACCCCCUGGUUUUUUGAAUGUCAGGCUAUGUAAUAUUUACAUGAUUUUUUAUAAUUGCUUGAUCAUGUUAAGAUGCAGCAACCAUUGUAUUUGCAUAACUGUAUUAAAAUAUGUCCAGUCUAUGGUUUGUUCCAUGACUGCUUUCCUGAUAUCAUGUUAUCCUAAAAUCACACACUUGCAGUUAAAAGUCGGAGUCUGAAAGGGAAGCUGGCAGUGAACAAAUUAGACCGCCUUAUAGGGAAGUUCUACAACCAGAAAACAGCAGCAGAUAUUUUUAGAAAGUGGUCCGGUGGACAAUGGGAGAACUUGUUUCAUAACUGGAAGUUUUACAAAGAAAUCACCACUGCAAACUGAGAAACAUGGCAUAAACUUUAAGAAUACAACAGCGGCAGAGAGCCUGGUGGAAUAUCACUUACCAAUUUCAAAUCCACAGGUUUAGAAUUGUGAAAAGGUGCAAUUCACCAAAUUUGCUGAUUGUUAGGUGUUAUAGUUGCAUCUCAGUUUCAUUGAGUCUGUAGUCAAACAUGAAUUACAGCAAAGAUUUCCUCAAUUUUCUAUCAGUACUGCACAGGCUUCACAAAGGCUUCAAAGAGAUAGCUGCUUGUUUUGGAAUUAUUUUCAAUAGAGAAUCAAGGCUCUGGCAUAAGCCUAACGUAGAGGUAGGAAAAGUAAGGUUGAACAUUUGGGAAAGAGAAAAUACAAUGGUGGAUUACCUCUGAACAGUAGGGAACCUGAAGGAAAAGGAGUGUAACGGACAAAGUAAGAAGUCUGAUGCGGGGUGGGGGAAAUGAGUUGGCGAACCCCAAAAUAUAUAUAAGCAUCCAGGCUCUAGAGGGAAUAUGUUGAGUACCUUUAAAGGAAUUCAAUGUAGUGAAUACCUCCAAAAAGGAAUUGUUAAUACCUCUGCUGCUUUUAUAACUUUUCAAAAAUUUUGUGCCUUUUGUGAUUUUAAAAUAUUGCUGUUUAUUUUCAGAUCUGUAGAACAGGCCUGCAUUGUGCUGUAAGAGGGCAUUGGGAUAUUGGGUUUAAAAUCUGUAACAUCUCUGAAAUGUUCUCCCUUUGUUUCGCAAUAACAGCUCAUUGAAUGUAAUAAAAGACUGAAACUUU